AUGAAGCUCUUCGCCUACAUCCUUGCCAUCGCCGCUGCUUCCGUAGCUGUGAUUGCUGCCCCAGCUCCUGCUGCCGAAGUUGCUGAAGCUCAGCUUGAGGCUCGUGCCCCUGAGCCAGUCGCAGCCCAACUGCCACACCAGUCAUGGAAACCCCUGGGGUUCAAGCCAUGGCUUGGAUAG